AUGAAGUGCACCAUUUAUCACGAACCGAUCUUCGAGGCAUGGGUUGGACGCUUCACUGGAGAAGCCCCUUUCGGAGAAGCAGCCCUGAUCCUUGGUCCGGUUAUUUCCGACUCUCGCGCGUCUCUUAAAAUAGGUGUUGCCGAACAUUUCCGUCCAAACAAAUCAACUGAGAGAAUGUCCCGUGGACUUCUAUCUCCAAACAUGCGACAACCAUUGAGAUCUCAGUCCUUCAAGCAUCGACCACGUCCAUUGAUUGAAGUGAAGAAAACCACUAUUGAAGAUGUUCCAAAUGAACGACGUCGCAGCACGCCGACGAUCUCACGACGGAGCAGUUUAGUGCACAGGCGUGUCGUCGCUGAACCACGAACAGACGUCUGGCCGGAGCCCAAACCAGCGCUUGAGUUCGAUGAAAAAUUCCUAAAGCUGCCAUCUUCUGAUGAGUAUAAGCGGCGUGUCGUCGCUGAACCACGAACAGACGUCUGGCCGGAGCCCAAACCAGCGCUUGAGUUUGAUGAGAAAAUUCCUAAAGCUGCCAUCUUCUGA